CUCCCCACGGGCGGACCCGGCUCAAGCCCCUCCUGCCCAGACAGCGGGAACCCGGAAGCGGGAGGUGUUGUACUCUGAGCCGUUUCCUGCCCGGGAGACAGUGGCCGGGGUGGAAUCUCUUGAAGCCGAGCCGGAGCCAUGACUCACCAGACCGGCAUUCACGCCACUACAGAAUUAAAGGAUUUUUUUGCCAAGGCCCGGAAUGGUUCAGUCCGCCUCAUCAAAAUAAUCAUUGAAGAUGAGCAGCUGGUGCUGGGAGCCUACAAAGAACUGUCUCGGCGUUGGGACAAGGACUACGACUCCUUCAUUUUGCCAUUGCUGGAUGAACUGCAGCCCUGUUACAUUCUCUACCGGCUGGACACUCAGAAUGCACAGGGCUAUGAGUGGCUCUUCAUCUCCUGGUCACCUGACAACUCCCCUGUAAGACUGAAGAUGCUCUACGCAGCAACCCGAGCAACAGUAAAGAAAGAAUUUGGAGGAGGACACAUAAAGGAUGAACUCUUUGGAACAGUUAAGGAAGACAUCUCCCUCAGUGGUUACCAGAAGCAUGUGUCAUCCUGUUCUGCCCCAGCUCCUCUGACAGCAGCAGAACAAGAACUACAGCAGAUCCGAAUCAACGAGGUCAAGACGGAAAUCAGCGUAGAGAGCAAGCACCAGACCCUCCAGGGAUUAGCUUUUCCCUUGCAGCUGGAAGCACAACAGGCCAUUCAAUUACUAAAGCAGAAGAAAAUCAAUUACAUCCAGCUGAAACUGGACUUGGAAAGGGAAACCAUAGACUUGGUGCACACACAUGCCACUGAGAUAGUGGACCUGCCUAAAAGAAUUCCACAAGAUUCUGCCCGCUAUCACUUCUUUCUGUAUAAGCAUUCUCAUGAGGGAGACUAUCUGGAGUUGAUCGUGUUUAUCUACUCCAUGCCUGGCUACAAAUGUAGCAUCAAGGAGCGCAUGUUGUACUCCAGCUGCAAGAGCCGGCUGCUUGACUCAGUGGAGCAAGAUUUUGGCCUAGAGGUUGCAAAGAAGAUUGAAAUUGACGAUGGAGCCGAGCUGACUGCCGAGUUCUUGUAUGAGGAGGUUCAUCCCAAGCAGCAUGCCUUUAAACAGGCCUUCGCCAAGCCCAAGGGGCCCGUGGGAAAACGAGGACAGAAGCGACUUAUCAAAGGACCAGGCGAGAACGGUGAAGACAGUUAGAGCCCAGUGGACAGGAGGGAUGGGCCAGGGGAGGGGCUGUGAAUGUCUCCCAGCCUCCAGAAUUGCAGCUCCAACCAAAUCCACUUCUCUGCACCUGAGCCUGUCCACUGAACUCCAGAGAUUUCCCCUCCAGCUCAACUUUCACAAUCAUGUUCACUUGGUUUUGUCAGGGGGAGGGAGGGUAGGCAUCUGGGGGGGAGGGAGAGAGGAAGAAGGGGAACACUGAGUGUUGCCUUUUUCUCUUCCCUCUUGCUUGCUUGUGUAAAUCUUGGGUGAAGGGCAAAAAAAAAAUAAUCCCAGUUCAAGUUUGAAACAACACUUCAGCUGCUGCUCCUGUUACUGCUUCACAUUGUGACCUGGUUUACGUGGAAAUUGCAUUGCUCAAAGGACUUCAUUCACUGCUUGUCUGAGGGAGCUGCUUUUUGUGCAAAGAGCAGUCCCACAAAACGAAUCCCCCAUGUGCCCUUUUUCUCAUGGGUGGUGUUUGAUGCUUUUUCCACAAAAUGGAAUCCUGUACUGUUAACACCAUCCCUUUCCAAGAUGGCCUGUUUGCUUAGGAAGGGACUCUUACAUACUGUUCAUUAAUAUAAGGAGUGUGUCCUGAGGAUUCACACUUAACAGCGAGGCUCUCUCCCCACCCCACCAAACUCCCUUGGAUUGUUUAGGCUUAGGCCUGUGGAUUUGGUGGGGAAAGGGCUAGAGAUUAAUGCAUGAGUUUAAAAGGCAAAUGUGCAUUUUGGUGAAGAAGACCUCUGUGGCAAAAGAGGAACUGCUUUCCUUGACUCUUUUAGAAGCCUCAACAUCCGUGCCUUGCUGCAUAGCCUUGCUUGUGGCAAAAGAGUGAAUUUUCACCACAGAUCCAUGCAUGUCCCCAGGAUUUCACUAAAAAAGAGUUUUCUGUCACUGCCCACUUGGUGAUUUGUAAAGCUGUCCAUUUGGAGGCAACUUGAUUAAUUUCUAUUUUCUCCCCAAAACCAGACAGCUCACUGCCUUAAAGUACAGCCACAUGAGAAGAGAAGGUUUUGGUCAAUUAAGAAUAGGGAAAAGUUAUGCUCUUCAGUUUCUGCUGGCACCUUUUGGACCUCCUCCACUCUGGGCUGCUGCAGUUUGAACGUGUGAUUGCCAUGGAUAGUUCUGGGAGGCUUUCCUGUGUGUUGCCAAUACACCAGCAUCUUCCCCUGUGUUUGCUUCCAACCUAAUGCUGCAUUGUGAUUUUGCACUGACUUACUGAGAUAGAUGUUCAUUCCUGAACUGCCUUCUACCAAGCUAGAUGGUUCUAAGUGUGCUUUGCCAUAAAGCACAGAUACUACCCUGAGUCCAGUUUGCUUAGGUGUUUGUUCUCCCCUCUGGAUCAGCAUAUCCAGCAGUCACAUCCCUUUCCUUGAAUUCCAGCACUGCACAAACUCACUACUGUGGACUGCAGUAUACAAUUGCUCUGGUCUAGCCAUACACUAGAAUUUUGCCAAGCCAAGGGGAAAUUGGCACUUUCACAGCCUACUGCACACUGAUUGGGUUGUAUUCUUCAUGGAAUGUACUCUGUCCGCAGGGUUGUUCAUUCCCUGUGAUAAAUGUUGUUUACCAUGGCAGUAACAUUCUGUGCCCAAAAGUGAUUGUUGUAGAUCCAUGUAAACCAGGUGGGAGGAAAGGAUGGCUGCCAGCGUGAGAAUAUUGCAUGUGCAUAGGGAACUGGAGCAGGACAUGCUGGAAGGGCAAGUAAAUUGCCUAGAGAUUGGCAGAAGUCUUCUGUGAUUGGCUCUGAAAGGUACAAGAGAGCUAGGCGCUGUCCAAGCCAGGGACAUGACCCAGAUUUGGGGGCUUCUGAAAGUCAUUGUAGUAGAUGUGUCCAUUCCAUGGGUGGGGGAAUCACUGAAUUUAAUGUGCAUGAUUAAACUUCUUCUGGCCCCCAGGGAGCUUCUUACUGGUCUGUUUUGUAUCUUAUGCAAAAGAAACUCAGCCUUUUCUACAGAGCUGAUUGUGUGGUGUUAGCUUGAUGGCUUUGAAUCUUCUCUGUAUUUCCCCCUUUUUAUCUCUCUAUAUAGUCAGUGUACCCUUUUGAACUCUAUAGCAGAGCCAGGUAAUUUAAGUGGAAAUGAAUGUUGUAACAAUUAUUGGAAAAGAAAAGAGCCUGGAUUUGCUCUUCUAGCUCACUCUGUGGUGGAAGUGCUCCGGACUUGACCUGCAAUUCAAGAAAGGCAAGGGUUUUUUGUUUUUGUUUUGUUUCAAAUUCAAAGCUCUCUGCAUUAUAGAAUGAUUCCAAGUUACCUGCUUUCUUUUAAAAACAAUUAAAAACAACCGUCGCAGACAUUAGAUCUCUCAUAGUUCUUUUUUGAGAUGGUGCACUCAUAGCUUGCCCUCUUCAGAGGUUUAUUAAGAAGAUUUGAAACAGUCUUCUAAUAUUAGAAACUUGCCCAGAGAUGUCUUAGAAAUAGGCUAGUCUUGUAUCCAGUACACCAUGGACAGAAAAUAUUGUUGAAGAUCAAGGGUUGGGCUUAACCUAGCUUGAUCUAUUUAGCCAGCAGAACUCAGGCUCAAAUGGAAUCCGUUUCUGUUUUGAUUUUGAUUUUCUGUGACCAAAAUCCAAAUUGCUCAGCUAUCUUUUGGACUGCAGUAGUAGUUUUUAGUUUCUCUAUAUAAUAAUUUAAUAGUUGUAUUUGAAAUCCUGGCCUCUAUAAUUCCUGUGACAAAGCUGCAUUUUAUCCCUUGUUCCUACAAUGCCAUCAUUUGUUUGGUUAAUUUUUUGAAGUAACAUUGAGGCAGCAAUUCUGUGGGGAGGUUUUGCAUCUGAGUUGAUUAUCAAGUACACAUGAAUGUAGUCCACUCAUGUUUUUCAUGUGCUGCUGAUGUGUCACCCUCUGUAGGCAUUUUACUGCCUCUGUGAGACAUAGUGAAUAGUGUGUUUUUUGUUUGUAUUCUGUUUGGGAUAAUGUAUACUGGUGCCUCCGUCAUUCCAUUCCCUCAGGAAUGUGCAAAAGUCUGCCUGUUUUUAAUAGUUUGUCCAUCAAGCCCAAGAGAAGGGGUCACCAGAGGGUGUGUUUUCCAUUCUGAAGCUGGAUGAAAGUGAUAAACUGUGUCCUCAAAGUCACACUGCCUUGGAACCCCCAUCCCUGCCAAAGAUUUUAAAAAUUAAAUAUAUUUUCAGUUUUAGUGUGACUGCAAUAACCACUAUUGACAUGCUCUCUGACCUCACCAUCUGUAAUGUUCACCCCACAUUAAUUAUAAUCCAAAAGUAACUUGGUGGUUAUUGUACCAAGUGCUUGCUUUGUUUCAGUCUUGUGUAGUAUUUGGAGCCCAGAGUAGUUUGAAUCCAUUCUGUUGCUAUAUUAAUGAAAAACAUUGCCAUGUAAUGAUGAUGGUCCAAUAGGUACCUUUGAACAUAUGAUUAAUUGCAAUUUAAGGACCUGCCAGAACUUCCAUGAAGGAAAAAACCGAAUCAGUAGCAUGAAUCUCAGUACUACUCUCCUUGUCUCAUCUUCUGUUAAGCAACCAAAUGCUAAUGGCCAAAUUUAGGUCUUUCAAAAUGAUUUUAAGAGCUACUGUGUUUUCUUCCCACAUCAUGCCUUGGAGUCUGUGCCUCUUACUUGUGGCAGGCAACUUAAGUUUCAGUGCCUUCUGGAGACCCUCAAAAGCAGUCAUCUAGAUUGGUCACCAUAAUUUGAAAGCUCUUUAAGUAUGUCUUUACUCCCUUCCCAGUACCCAUUCAAGCUGCACAGUAGAAAGCUCCCUUUCCCUGUCUUUCUUUGGCUGCUCUGUGGAAAACACACCAGCAUCAUGUUUGCCAAGUCUUAGAAGCAUUUCACAAAACCAAUCCACAUCAUGUUACUCAUUAGGACAACUGGGAAAGCCCCAUAUGCAUCCUUGCCUGAGGAAAGAGCUCUCCAUCCUAUUACAUCUUCUGAAUUUGUUAGUCUGGAUAAGAAUGUACAGGUAUCUGUCAAGCUGCCAUCACUGUUUCUCCAUGUAGGAGCCAAACCACUGACCAGAAGACUUAGUUUCUGUCCUUUUUGUAUUGGUUUAUUAAGUCAGUUCAAUAUCACUUAAUGAUGAAAGUCAAGAUGAUUGCUAGACUGUCUACCAUCACAUCUUUGUGGAACUUACUUUAUUCUAAGAUGUGAUUAUUUGCUCACAACCUUGGUUUUAUUGAAGAACUAGGGUGGCAUAUUCUUGCACAACAGCUGCUGUGAUUGGUUUUAGUGCAGCCAAGGUAUUCUUAGCCAUUUUGUCAGGAAGACAUGAUGGUAAAAGGCCCAAUCCCCUGCACCUGUCAUUGGGUUUGAAUUGAUAUAGUGAUAAGCAAGCCACACUCCUGAUCUUACAUGAGCACAGGGUUUGGAGAGACAAAGAAAUGCACAUUCCUGACUGGGCUGGAUGAUGUGGAUUUGGAGGAUAUGGGGGAGGCAGGGCACAUCGUACUGAAUGCUGUAUUUUCUAAAAAAAUAAAAAUAAAGUAUUUUUAAAACAA